AUGUCUAGUGAAGGUAUUUUUGGAGGGGCUAUCGAUGCCGGUGUUGAUGCAGGUAUAGAUUCACAGGUUGAUCGCCGCGCUGACGGUUUUAUGGCCAAUAUCGACAAUCGAUUUGUACCUGGUGGUGCCUCUGACACUAUGGGUGAAAUUAUUGACACUGGCGUCAACACGUUCAUGAACAGCGAAAUCAACAACGAGCUCAAUCGUUUCAUUUAG